CACUUUGUGCAACAUGUUUAUGCCACGUAUGAGCAUUUUAGUGUCGCAAUGACUUUAGUCUUCUUUGUAAAAUACGAUCUGAGGAGGAGCAGAAACAGAAAUAUGUCUGAAAUAAAGCUUGAAGUGGUCUUUCUCAAAUUCAAAUCAAUAAACAUGGAAAUAUAAAACCAGCUGGUUUCUGCCCAAAUACUGAGGACUGAAAAGAGGAAGAGGUGAGAACGGAGAGGUUUCUCACCGACGAUGACUCGUGAAUAAAUACCACACGUUCAAAACACAUGCGAGUGUUUCAUCUGAGGGAAACAAGUCAAAGGCAAAAACUGGUGAACACUACGGUCACACAUAAUAUGUUCGUAAAGGGCAGAAAUCUGAUUUUCAAAUGAUCAAACAUUGAUGCUGAUCAUUUCAAAUGUGAUAUUCGGAGAGGAAGGCGUCUGAUUUACUAAUGAAUAUCUCUUUGACUAAUUACAAGUGCUUUUAAGGGUUUUUUUGCUUUUGAAAUUGUCCAGCUGUUCCAAAUUCAGUCAUUAAAACCAGAGAAGCAUCAGGUUAAGAGUGAUCCUUGUCCAGAGAUGAACACUUUGUAGACUAUUUAACCACAAAUAAAUUAUGAAAAUACUACCAACCCCUCAGUAUGUCAUCUUUGCUGACGUCUUCAGACUGACUGCUUCAUACUGCUGUAUAUGUUUCUGCUGUUAAAACCAUGAUCAAAUAAAAACAACAGAAGAAAUACACAAAAGGGCGUUAAUAUAACACAUAUUGUCAGCUUGCUCAUAAGCAAGGCACCGACCCCUGAACCCUCAACUCUCCCAACAACUGACUGGAUGUGGAGUCCGGGCCAGAAGACGGGUCAUCGGUCAGAUAAUGAUCAGAGUGAAGAAACCAUUUCCUCCGACACAUGAAGUGAAGCAGCAAAAAAACAGAGACGUUUAGACACCAGUCGUUCAGCAGCAGAGCCACCGCGAUGGCCUCGUCCUUGUUGUCCUGCUUCGCCCUCUGUAUCAUUGGAUCUGUCGCCGCCGACCUCGCACUGCCGCCUACUGAGCCACCGCUGAUCCACGACCACCCCUUUGUGGCCAUAUGGAACGCCCCCACCGAUCGGUGUCGCCAGCUCCACAUCCUGCUGGACACCGCGGCCUUCCAGGCGGUGACCACGCCCGCGGUGGUGCACGGUCAGUUCCUCACCAUCUUCUACGAGGACCGCCUCGGCCUCUACCCCAAAGUCGACACCGCCAAACGCAAGCUCUACGGAGGCGGAGUCCCCCAAAAGGGCAACAUGACGGAGCAUCUGGCCAAGGCACAGAGUCAAAUCGAUCACAUCAUCUCCCAGGAUUCUUCUCCUGGGCUGGCUGUCAUCGACUGGGAGUCCUGGCGCCCCCUGUGGGACCAGAACUGGGGGUCGAAAAGUAUUUAUAAGAAGCUGUCCAUCACUCACGCCAUGCAGAUGGCCCCGUUUUUGUCAUCCAAGAAAAUUUCCACACUGGCAAAGAGCCAGUUCCAGCACGCUGGGCGGCGCUUCAUGGAGAAGACCAUCAACCUUGGCAUCGACGAGCGUCCGAGCCGGCGCUGGGGCUUCUACCUGUUUCCCGACUGCUACAACUAUGGCUGGGAGAAGCCCGGCUACACAGGGAAGUGCUCCGCGAAGACCCAGGAGCAGAACAACCAGAUGUUGUGGCUGUGGGAGCGCAGCACUGCCCUCUUCCCCUCCAUCUACCUCCGGAAGAUCCUGAGGAACUCCCCCAAGGCAAAGCUCUACGUCCGCAACCGUGUCCAGGAGGCGCUGAGGGUGGCCGCGCUGCCUAAACAUCAAUACACCAUGCCGAUCUACGUCUACUCCAGACCACUGUACCGGGACCAGACCCAGAUGUUCCAGACCCAAACGGACCUGGUGAGCACCGUAGGGGAGUCUGCAGCUCUGGGAGCUUCAGGGGUCGUAAUGUGGGGAGGAACCAAAGACUACGACAACGAGGCUGCCUGUGAGUCUCUGUCCGAGUACCUGACGUCCACCUUCAACCCGUACAUCGCCAACGUGACGGCGGCCGCAAUGCUCUGCAGCGAGGUCUUGUGCCAGGGGAGGGGCCGCUGCCUCAGGAAGAGCUACGACUCCGGCCAAUACCUGCACCUGAACCCCGCCCACUUCCGCAUCCUGCGGUCCGACAGGAAGUACGUGGCGAUCGGUCACCCCUCCGCCGACGACCUGCAGGUCUGGGCCGAGAACUUCACCUGUCAGUGCUACACGGGGUGGAGCUGUUCACCCAGACUGUUGAAGCCGACCAAAAUCAAGCUCAUCUGGGUUUAAUCUGGCAACCGUUUCCAGAACUGCACUUCCUGCCGAUCCACAGAUUUCAUGAUGUGGUCGUUAAGACUACUGUCUGUAAUUUGAUCAAAAUUAUGCUCUCAUCUACUUUACAUCAGUAAUUCUGUGUUUAUUUAAACAUAAAAAUUAUACAUUUUACAAUUCACAUAGUUAAAUGUGUCUUUACCACGUCAGUUACAAUACUGAUUUAUUUGAAUUGAAAACCCAAAGUCACCUUAAUAAAGGCUUUUCUGAAAAACUCUUUUCAUUCUUUUAGUUUAUUGACAAACUGUUGAAAGACUGAGAAACAGCGAAAUGAAAUCAGAUUAAUGAGGAAGAAUAAUGGAGGCCAGUUAUGUACAAAACUACACGGUU